AUGGCCUCUCUCUCCCUCUUUGCCCUCGGAAGUCUCUUUCUUCAAUCCCCCCCUCCCACGCUUCCCCUCUGGGACAAGCCCCCCAGCACCAGACUGAAGUCCACAACUCAUAGGACGACACUCUGUUACACCCAGGCAGUCGUGGCCGGUAGAAAAUGGAGAGGUUGCCCGAAGCACCAGGAGCCGCUGAGGCUCUUCUGCAAGGAAGACGAAGCCCUAGUCUGUCUGGUCUGUAUCCGAUCCGGGGAGCACAGAGAUCACAAGAUCCGUUUUCUUGAGGAGGCCUCUCCAGAGUACAAGGAGAAGUUCUGCAGCUUUCUGGAUAUGCUGAAGAAGGAGAGAGAAAGAAUUGUGGUGUGCAAACAAGGCAUAGAGAAGGAAAGCCAAGACCUUCUAAAGCAAGUGACGGGACAGAAGGAAGAGACGGUCACCAAGUUCAGAGAACUGCGCUCAUUUCUGGAAGAACAAGAGAAACGUUUUCUGGCUCACAUGGAAGAGGUGGAGGAGGAGGUGGCAAGAAAAAGGGACCAGUACCUGGCCGAAUUCUCUGAGGUCCUCUCCUUUAUGGAUAGCCUCAAACAGGAGGUUGAGGAGAUGUGUCAACAGCCGGCCAGUGAACUCCUGCAGGAUGCCAGAAGCUUCUUGGAGGGGUAUAAAGAAAAAAAGAAAUUCAAGUUUCGAGUGCCUUUUCCGUUUGCACUGAAGUGGCAGAUCUGGGACUUCUCAAACCUAAACCCCCUUUUGGAGGGUAUCAUGAAGCAAUUCAAAGACACGAUGGAUUCUGGACUUCACCCGCAGAAAGCAAAUGUGACUCUGGAUCCAGACACGGCCCAUCCGGAACUCAUCCUAUCCGAGGAUCGUAAAAGUGUGAGGAAUGGAGAAAAACCUCAAACUCUUCCAGACAAUCCUGAGAGAUUUGACACUGAUAGUAUUGUUCUUGGUCGUGAGGGAUUCACCGGAGGCCGCCAUUUCUGGGAAGUCCUUGUGGGAAGUGAGGAGGAAUGGGCUGUGGGGGUGGCCAGAAAGUCUGUGACGAGGAAGGGAGUGGUUACCUUCAGUCCUGAGGAAGGGAUCUGGGAGGUGGGGAAGUGGGAAGGGUUCUAUAGGGCUUCCAUAGAAGAUGAUGACCCUCCCCUAACCCUGCGUGGGGAGCCCAAGAGGAUCCGAGUCUGUCUGAACUACGAUGAGGGUCGGGUGACCUUUUUCGACGCUGAUCGAAGAGCCCUCAUCUAUGAGUACUCUGGAGCCUCCUUCUCUGGAGAGACCCUCCUGCCCUACUUUUUGGUGUCCAAAAAAGUCCAGCUCAAACUCUCUUCUUAAGACCUUCUCUUCAGACCAGGAGCAUCAAGAAGAAAAUAUUGUUUCUCAGGAGUUCCCUCCCUUUAGUCCUGUCAAGGUCUCUCCAGGCUCCGAGCCACCAAAUCGGACUGGAAUAAAAUGGAGACAUUUUUUCCCCCAUUCCCCAACAUUCCCCUUUUUCUUUGUAUCUUACUUGAAAAUAACAGUAACAUAUUUCACUUUA